AUGUCUUCUACACAACAAACACAAUCCGAAUCAUCGAAUUCCGCCAACACUGACAGCACUGGAACCUUUAGAAGUCUUCCUCGUGAGCUUCAUGACAUGAUAUGGUCUCAAGUUCCAGCCGAUCCCACUGGUCAGACCGGCGAGAAGCAAUUCAAAAUGAAAAUCAAAUAUUCUGGAAACCCCAACAACCGAUCUUUGAACGCAAGAGCCGUAAUCCUUUCCUCCAACAGAUACAUGUUUGAUCAUAAGAUCACAAAGUCCCAGUUAGACGAGCAUAAUCAGCAUACGGGAGCUGCUAUCACCAAAACUGGUGCGGUGGACUCGGAGCCUGCAUGCUAUCCAACAAUACAGAACCUAGUCUUUAUCUUGGGGAAAAUCCUACGCGAGCUUCUAGAGUCUGUCAGCAAAGUACAGACUCUUAAAAAGACAGAUCUUUUGACUGAAGAGGAGCAGAUGCCGGGAUCCGGACCUGUUGAGCAAACUGAUGGUCGGCUCAUGGAUCUAUUUGCAGAAGACGAUGAGUUGCAAAGUCGCUAUGGAGAGAGGCUUAGAAUGCCAGAAGUUGUGUGCCUGACGAUGAUGGAAUUUCCUGAGGAACUGGGGAGACGAGCCCGCGUAUGUAUAAAUGAUCUAAGUAUGCUCUGGGAUACUUUAUUCCUAAGAUCUUCGCAACAACCAACAAAACUCCGCAAAUGGCGACUCCAGUCUUUAAGUCGAGAUGAAGGCUCGAAUCCUCUGGACCCGAAAUUUUGGAGCCUCAAGAGCACCGGGACAAACGACGAGUUUCCUCCACAACUAAUCGAAAUCAAGAAGUACGAUGUCAAAUUUGAAGCACUUGCAAACGGACAGGCAAGCGAUUACAGUAAUCGGAGACCCUGGAUCAUUAAUUUCGAGGUCAAAUCCAUUCGCAAAUCACAAAACUUCCCAAAAUCGGUCAACUUCAUUCCUUGUGCUUUGCAUCUUUCACCAAGUUGCUUCAAACUCGACUACAAGAUUAAGAAUCCAAUGUUCUUUCGUCCUUCUUGCGACGUCCUCUUUUUUCGGGAAUUUAGUCACUUGUUGGAGUAUGCUGUAGCAACGAAAGGUAUUGUUACUAAUCAUACUGCGUUGGGCCUGGUGACAAAUGAGACUUUUCCAAAAGUCGAAAGGUUGGUGGUAGAAUUCGAAGUUCGUAAGCCAAUAAAUUGGACUUUUCACGACGUUUUGGUGGGGCUUUUCCCAGUUAUCAAGGAGGUUGGAACACUGAAGGGACUCAUAUUGUUGGUGGGACGACAGUCCCUUCGAGGAGGUGAAAUAGGAACCUUUCGCAUCGAUGAAGACCUAAAAAAGCCCGUUGAUGAAAGCCCUGGUGUAUAUUCACCCCCAGUAGGUGUUUAUAUGCCCAAGGUAACUUGUAUGACAAUGGAAACCUUCGAAUCGACAUUUGAUUGGUAUGAGUUAGGUCAAACGGACGGAUGA